AUGGCAAGAGCUCAAGUGGGACUCCUGGGACCCUUCCCGGAGCCUCCGGUUGGGCCGUGCCCCGUCUCUGACUCUGACUCGGACUCUGAGGAUGCUGCUGUGGGUGGCACAGGACCUGGUACCGGGGUGCAGAGCCCCUCCCAGGUCAUCCACAGCGGCCACUUCAUGGUGUCAUCCCCGCACAGCGACUCGUUACCCCGUCGGCGCCACCACCGCACCGAGCCCGAACCAGCUGAUCCCCGGAGCAUCGACCCAACCCUCACCCGGCUCUUCGAGUGCAUGAGCCUGGAGUACAGUGGGAAGCUGGUGUCUCCAAAGUGGAAGAAUUUCAAGGGGCUGCGGCUGCUUUGUCGGGAUAAAAUUCGUCUCAACAACGCUAUAUGGAGAGCAUGGUACAUCCAGUCUGUGGAGCGGAGGAAGAACCCUGUGUGUGGCUUCAUCACCCCGCUGGAGGGGUCAGAGGCUGAUGAGCACCGAAAACCAGAGGCUGUUGUGCUGGAGGGAAACUACUGGAAACGCCGUAUCGAGGUGGUGAUGAGGGAGUACCACAAGUGGAGGAUCUACUACAAGAAGCGGCUCCGAAAGUCCACCCGGGAGGGAGAGCUCUCCAGUCCAAAGAGGGAUGAGGAUGUCUGGAGGCCAACGGAGAAAUGGUGCAACCAGCUGUUCUGCAACGUGGUGCCCAUGCUGCUUGAGGAUGAGGAAGAGGAGCCAGGGGGUAGGCAGCACUUCGACUUGGAUACCUUCCUCUCAGACAUCUCUGAUACCCUCUUCACCAUGACACAGAUGCCCAGCACCCACCAGGCACUUCCCGAAGAUGCAUAUGUUGGGAAUGCUGACAUGAUACAGCCGGACUUGGCAUCCCUGCAGCCCAGCCUGGACGAUAUGGAGAUCUCGGAUAUCUUCACCAGCCACCGACCACCAUCAUCGCAGACACAGCUGGGCUACCAGGAGCCACCCUGUUUUGUGCCCAUGGCUGAGCCCCUGUUCAGUGGCGAGGGGUCCCUGAUGGGUGCUCGGGGGCUGCCUGUAAGCCCUGAGCCCCCACUCGCGCCCAGCACCCUCCUCCAGCCCGGCGGUGCCUCCCAGCUUGGCCUCCAUGGCGCCUUCCUGGGCCCUGAGCUUCCCCCGGCCCCCAUGCCCCCCGAGGUCCCUGCCGCAGCACCCGGUGGCCUCAGCCCCCAGCUUCAACACAAGCCCCUGCUGCAGUAUGGCCUCCCUGGCAAGUGCCUCAGCCUGGAGCCACCAGGACCCCACUUUUCCCCCGCCAGCCCAUCCCCCGGGGCACCACUGCUAGGCCAGAACCCCCCAUUCUCCCUCACCUCAGCCCCCCACUCCAAGUUCCCCUACGCCAGCUCGCCCGGCCCCCCACUUCUCACCCACUCCACCUCCCCGCUCCUGGCACCCUGCUUCGCCCCCCAUGCCCCAGGGCCGGGCUAUGCCCCAGACAUGGUGCCCCCGGGGUACCCCAGCCCGGCUGCCCCCCAGCUCCUGCCGCCCGCCCUGCUGGGCAACCCCAGGUUUGCCCCCCGCAAGGGGCUGCCCCAGGGUGGGGGCGGGCGGCCGAAGGCGAAGUCUGGCAGCACCAAGGCGAAGAGGCUGCCGGGACCCCCUGCGCCACCUCACCUGGCUGUGCCCAGCCCCUGCCUGAGCCAGUUGCUGACCACAGCCAAGCAGGAGCCGGCCUUGGAUGUCCCACGCCUGAUGGAUGCAGGACUCAUGCCCGCAUCCCCUGUCUCCCCGCAGAGUUCUGUCCCUGAAGUCCCUGCCACGUUCCUCUCCAGAAUGGCCCAGCUGAGCUCAGCACUGUCUCCUGGCUCCAGCCCUUCCCAAGCAGUGCCGGUGCCACUGGCAGGCACCCAGCCAGGCUCACUGCUCGUCCCCAAGGCGGAGCGGCUGUCCCCCACGUCAGCUUGUGGCAGCGACUGGCCCAAGCCUGGCCAGGCUUCCCCAGGACCCACUGUAGGGCUGGGUGCUGGCAUCUCUCUGCACCACCCCCUGUCCCGUCGGGGCAGGCCUGAGUCCAGCAAGAUGGAGAGCCGCCGCAUCACGCACAUCUCUGCUGAGCAGAAGAGACGCUUCAACAUCAAGCUGGGCUUCGACACGCUGCACAGCCUGGUGAGCACGCUGAGCGCCCAGCCCAGCAUCAAGGUCAGCAAGGCCACCACCUUGCAAAAGACAGCCGAGUACAUCUGCAAGCUGCAGCAAGAGCGGGCAGCCCUGCAGGAUGAGGCGCAGAGGCUGCGGGAGCAAAUCGAGGAGCUCAAUGGCUCCAUCAACCUGUGCCAGGAGCAGCUGCCAGCCACAGGGGUGCCCAUCACACGCCAGCGCUUUGACCAGAUGCGUAGCAUGUUUGACGAGUAUGUCCGCUCCUCCACACUACAGAACUGGAAGUUCUGGAUCUUCAGUAUCAUCAUCCGGCCCCUCUUCGAGUCUUUCAACGGCAUGGUCUCCACGGCCAGCAUGGAGAGCCUCACCCAGACAUCUCUUGCCUGGCUGGACCAGCACUGCUCCCUCCCAGCACUUCGGCCAACCGUCCUGAGCUCUCUCCGGCAGCUGAGCAUUUCCACCUCUAUCCUGAGCGACCCAGCCUGCGUCCCUGAGCAGGCCACUCGGGCAGUGGCAGGGAUGGGCCACGGUGGCAGCUCCUCUUAG